AAGAGGUGGGACUUGGGAUUACGGGAUGGGAUUGAUGGGAUCAACGGGCUUGGACAUCGGGAUACAGGGCAAUCGCCACCGGAGCAAUCAACAACAUGUGCUGGACACGCAGCCGCGGCGGAAUUUUAACAGAACAUGAUGGGGCAGGAACUACGGCGUAUGAGGUGGUUGGUGUUGGUUUCCUUCUUUUAUUGUCUUUUCACAGAUUGGAUAAGUCCUUGUCAUUUUUUGGUCGAUACCUAUCGCACUGGUUGAUUUCCUUUCUUCUUUCCCUCUUCAUCAUACAAAUGAACACAACCAGUGAUCCACACACCGCAGAAUUCAGAUGUGAUCUAUUUGCAACUUGUUGUUGUCGAGCGUGCUUUGUCUGGUGCACAGGGAAAACAAUGAAGGGGAGGAGAUGAGACGCUCAAGAACACCGGAAUCCCAUGUCAAAAGCACGAAGAAUCACCAUGACACCCAGUUUCCCGGCCAAAAUACGACAUCCUCUUCCAUCAAUGCGCAUACAUUUCCAUCCGAACGUCUGCAGCAAAAGUCAGACCACACGAAUCGGAUGGAGAGGAACGGUUAUAAGCGACUCGAUAUCGAACAUGGAUGUGUCAUCUUACGC